AUGAAGAAGAUAUUCCACAUACCCACCGGCAACUCUGCCGAGGAUGAGCAGAGCAGCAAACGCCACGCGAAGCGAUGCCGCGUGUACUUCAUGAUCCUGGCCGUCUGGAUCUCCCUGUUGCUUAUACUGGUCAACAUUCUCACGCCCAUGCUGGUCCUGCAACGCCAGGAUAACGAACUCGAGCGCAUGCACCGGGAAGAGGAGAAGCGGGAGGCGAUGUCCUACGCCACGACUUUUCGUGAUGCCAUCCUUGGAGCCAUCUCAGCCGUGUACGGGGUGGAGGGGUACAUCAUGGGGUUGAUGGAUUCGCUGCCGAAUCUCAACGAGACCCCUGCCCAGCGCGUGGCUGGCCAGUAUUUUCCAAAGUUCUAUGGCUAUGCCCAGCUGGUGUCCUCCUCGUCGCCCCACAUCAGUCUCUUCGCGACCGCGCCCGGCGGCGUUGUACUGCAGGUGUACCCGUCCGAGGAUGAGGAUUUCAUGAAAAACUGGGACCUGCUCAACGGCUCUUCCGGGAACCACACGGACCCGGCUGCAGCGUAUCGGGAAGACCCCUUCACCACCAUUAAGACCGGCUUACUCGCCGUGACGGGGCCGUAUAAAAGCCCGGGCUUGCCGAUACGAGGCUGGGACAAGAGCUCUGGCGACGCAGAUAACAUGUGGUGGGUCGACCUCCGCCAGCCGAUCUACAACGCGACCUCGACGGCAUUGAUUACAAACUCGACGUUUUGGGGCUUUGCGAUCGUCUUCUUCAGUGUGGAUGGGCUCGUUCGGAAGAAAGACUUGCCAGAGAAAAUGAACAGCUUGGAAAUGGCGUACAUCAUCUACACGGCGAGCGUCAACAGCUCAAAUGGCUGCACGGUGAUCCUCGCAUCAUCGAUGUUCAAGGGCGAGACAGACUGCAGUAAACCGUUUAUGAAGAAAUUCCUCGCCGAUGCGACGACCCGCGACGUCCUCAAGGAGAAGCUCUCAUGGAAGAUCGCCUUGAAGAGCAUGAAGCGUGUGAACCGCCUCACGCCCCGCGUGCGCGACGCGAUCGUCAUCACGUCCGUCAUCGGCGUUUCGUUGUUGUUUGCCCUGUUCAUGUACGCCAUUGUGCGAUGCACGCGGGUUUACGACGGCGCGAAGCACGCGCCCAAGAUGGCACCCUUCGCCAUGCUCACCAUCGGCCCCUGCCGCGGCGAGGAGCUCUGGGACCUUGCGUCGGAUCAGAUGGUAGAGGUGACGGAGCGUCUUGGCCAUGUCCUGGCUCGGCAGAUGGUACGCCAUCACGCCUACCAGAUCCAGCAGGUGCACCCGCUCACCACAUCGUACGUCACGCGCAGCGUCGCCGCCGCUGUGCAGAUGGCCUUCAGCACCAUCGAGGAGCUCUACAGCUUCCCAAUCGACGAACCGCUGCGCCGCCUGCUCGGCGAUGAAGGCAGUCUGCUGCUGUCCUACGCCGUGCACUGGUGCACCGACGCCGCUGUGCGCAUGGAAACGAUCGGUGGUGGCCUCCGUUACGAGGGUCCCGACGUCGUGUACGGUGGCCGCAUGUGGGUGUUUGCCGGUCCAAACGUGGUCACUGUGUCACAGGCGGCGCUGCCGAGCACGACGUGUAUGCCGCAUGUAAAGAGCAAGCUGUUCGAUUCGGUGUUUCUGCGCGGUGUCACAACACGCCAGGACCUCUACAUCGUCACGGAUACUUCGAACCAUUCUCUGAAGGAGGCGGAGGCCUUCGCGGCGGAUCAGUUGCGUCGUUCACGUCAAGCGCAGCUGCGGUACGUAGCUGACAAGGAGGCGGAUCUGGGCAGCACCGGCUACACGCGGUGCAACCGGCUGCUCCCCUCCUACCCGCGGACGGAGUACGAUAGCAGUGACUUUGACAGCAGCUCCUUCGCACGCGAGGCCUCCGCGUAUAGCGAGGGCGCCACCUCUGGCAGUGGCAACGACAGCAACCUCAUCUCCGUCGUGAACAGCAGUGGUGGGAGCCAGCUGGCUUCUGGUCCUGCGAAAAGGGGUGCUCGCAAGGAUGGUGUGGCGGGGGCGAGCGGCGUGCCCACCGCCAUCGUCGUGCCAGCCUCCACGCCUGACGACGCACUGGUCGUCGCAGGCGCGAGCGUGUCGGAAUCGGCGUCGACGCUGUCGCGCGCGGUGCCGCAGCGGCGCAUGGGUUGCCGUCUGCCUCGGGAUCUCGCAGCAGCCAAUGUCGUGUCGGGGUCGCCGAGAUCGUUCUCCAGCGCGGCGAGCGUGCGGUCUGAAAAAUUGGAGACGUCGCCGGGGGAGCCGCAGACGCCACGCCUGCAGCCCAUCGCACCGGAGGUAUCGGUCACCGCAGCGACCGGCACUGCCCGGCCACGGCGCGGGCAGGACAACGCCCACACCGCUCCAGGCGCGAUCACGAGUGGGAGCAACAGCAUCGACUUCAGGGACAGCUGCAGCGGCAUCCAUGCAACAAGCGGUGUGCGCCGCAACGACCUGCUCCUUACCAACCCACUUGUUGUCGUCCCGCCGGCGGUCACGGUGGCUGCAGCAGCGCACGGACUGUGCGGCAGCAGCGGCGGCUCGGCUUCCACCACACCCAUCUCCGGCGAGUCGACUGGCGGGCGACACAGCAACUUUCCGACCUGCAGCGACAACCCACUCGCAUACAGCACACCAGCGGCCUGUAGACUAAGCAACAGCGAAGAUAACGCUGCGCUGCAGGGUAGCGCGCCGGCGCUGAACAACUUCAGCGACCUGCUGCUGCGCCCCGCAAUCUCAACCCAGUCAGACCUGCUGCUCCGCACGGUGUUCGAUCGGCAGGCUGUCGCGCUGGACCUGAGCUACGACUCUGUGCGGGUACUGGUCUACUACUUCUACUCCAGCUACAAGAUCCUGUUCCGCCCGCUGGCAGCACCGGAGCUGCACAACAUCUACCGUCGGCUGAUGACAGCCUUUGGUGUGCCGCAGCAGGGCAUCCUCGAGCACCUGGCCGCGCGCUGCGCCACUCGCUUCCUUCAACGCCAUGAGGAGACGCAGACGCUCUUGUGGGAUCAGCAGCACCGAUUGCAGAUGCACAUCCGGUCUGCUAGUGCGACCGCAGCCACAGCGGCAUCCAUCUCUGACGACGGCGUGGCAAGCACCUCCGGCCAAGCGGCAACUAGGAAUACGAAUGACAACAAGCCGGCGCACACGGGUGGACAGGAAGAGGGGCGAAAAACCAGCGGCGGAGUGUGA